AUGUUGACCAUUCAUUCGCUCCUCCUGUUAUCCUCUCUCAGUUUCUCGUCAUGCACUGCUCUUACGCAUGUUCAAAAGGUAGCUGCCCAGGGCGGCGUCCACAAACAAGAUGUGCCUGACUUCGUGCGUCAAUAUGCACCGGUGGCAUAUCUAGAUUCAACAGAAAUCUACUUCCCAAGCGACAUUGGAGCUCAAACAACCCAUACCAAGCCGGAAGACAGCAACGGGACAGUCCUCACGCCUCCUGCGCCUUUGACGCUGUCAAACCUCGACAAUCUAAAUGCAUUCAACGACUCCGGAACAGGCGUGUAUCUGACCUCGGACGAAGGCAUCGAAGCUCUGCCACCCUGGUGCCGCGGUGUUCAGCCUGAAUCCAACGGCACCACCCCUGGGAUUGUGCCGAUGGCGGUCGUCACGGUCUCUAAACCCAACGAUACUCUUGAUGCGUUUUACUUCUACUUUUACGCCUACAAUCAGGGCAACUGGGUGUUCAACGACUCUGCUCUCGAGUUCGGAGACCAUCUCGGUGACUGGGAACACAAUAUGGUGCGUUUCGUCAACGGCACCCCGCAGGCCGUCUGGUACUCGCAGUACAGCGGCGGCGAGGCCUUCACGUACAAUGCUACUGUCAAGGGCCCGGAUGGCGUACCACCCGUCACGUAUGUUGCCAACGGCACGCACGCGAAUUACGCCAUCCCCGGUCCGCAUGAUCAUACGAUUCCGGACUUCAACACCGACGUCGGUCCACUUACUGACGAGACAAGCAUGGUCCCUUACUGGGAUCCUUUGGCUUCAGCGUACCUUUACAGCUACGACAAUAGUACUGGGGUGUUCACGGCGUAUAAUGGUGUUGACCCUGUGGGCUGGUUGAACUCCAACGGACAGUGGGGUGACAGUCAACUUCCUGAUUCUGCUCCUGGCCAGGUCGAUGUAUUUGGGGAGGCGAAGUACGUUGGUGGACCGACUGGACCAAAGGAUAAGGGCCUUGGACGGACAAAUGUCUGUCCGGACGGAGAUGAGUGCGAUAUCAAGGACUCGCUGGGACCGUAA